AUGGUCCGGACCCGUGGUCACAUUGUACCGUGCGUAAUCGCCCUUUUACCUGGUCGAUCAGCAACUAUCUACAAGCGUCUGUUUCAACUACUCGACCAGGAAGCUGCAGAUCUUCACAUGACAUUCGAACCGAAACUCAUCACAAGUGACUUUGAAUCUGGAUUGAUCAAAGCUGUAAAACAUCAUUUUCCGAUGUCGCGACAUGUGGGGCGUUUUUUUCAUUUUACCCAAAGCGUGCAUCGGAAGAUACAGCAACUUGGACUGUCUGUUGAAUAUAAAAAUAAUGAAGAAACGCGAUCCCUCUGUCAACAACUCAUGGCACUCGGUCUUCUCCCUCGUGGCAAAGUGUUGCCUGCAUUCGAACAUCUCACCGAAGCCCAGCUUGAAUCACUCGAAGACGUGUUCGACUAUUUCGAAGAUUUCUGGACGGAAACAACGCUCAUUGAUUUAUGGAACGUCUCCGAUUUGAAAAUUAGAACGAAUAAUAAUGCUGAAGGUAAAUAA